CUCUGUGACAACUCCAUGUCUGAGACAGCCCAGGCAGGAAUUGCUCAGGACGUCGGUGUUGUCUGCUCAGGGAGCAGGAGGAUCAGACUGGUGAAUGGGGAAGGUCGCUGUGCCGGGAGAGUGGAGAUUUAUUACAAUGGCAGCUGGGGGACAGUCUGUGAUGAUUUCUGGGACCUGCUGGACUCCAAUGUUGUCUGCAAACAACUGGGAUGUGGACACGCCAUCAGUGCAACUGUCUCUGCUCAUUAUGGGCAAGGAUCCGGGCAGAUCUGGCUGGAUGACGUGAACUGCUCUGGGAAUGAAUCCGAUCUCUGGGCGUGUCCUUCCAGGGGCUGGGGCCAGCACAACUGCAGACACAAAGAGGACGCGGGAGUUCUCUGCUCAGAAUUCACAGAUCUGAGACUGGUGAGCAACAGUGACUGUGCUGGGCGGCUGGAGGUUUUCUACAAUGGGACGUGGGGCAGUGUUUGCUCCAAUCAGAUGUCUGGAGACACCCCAACAAUUGUCUGCAAACAGCUGAACUGUGGGGAUGGAGGACAGAUUGAAAGAGACUUUGAAUAUGGAGCAGGUUCUGGUCCCACGUGGCUGGACCAUGUUGCAUGCAGUGAUCAGCACAGCUCCCUCUGGCAGUGCCCGUCAGAGCCCUGGAAUCCAAAGUCAUGUGAUAACCGAGCAGAAGAGACCCAUAUUUCUUGCGCUGGUGCUGAGGAGCUGAGGCUGGUGAAUGGAGGCAGCCCCUGUGCCGGGAGAGUGGAGGUUAAACACCAGGAUCAGUGGGGGACGGUGUGUGAUAGCAACUGGGACAUGAAAGAUGCUGGGGUUGUUUGUAAGCAAUUGGAAUGUGGAGCUGUUGUCAGUGCCCAUCGUAAUGCUCAUUUUGGACCAGGAUCUGGACCAAUUUGGCUGGAUGACGUUGCCUGUGAUGGUACCGAGUCUGCUCUCUGGCACUGCGGGAACAUGGAAUGGAAAAUGCAUGACUGUUAUCAUGAGUGGGAUGCUGGAGUGACCUGUUCAGGACAUGUUGAGCUUCAGCUGGUUGGAGGGGACAGUGCCUGCUCAGGACGUGUGGAAGUAAGACAUAGAGACACCUGGGCUACAAUCUGUGAUGCACACUUUGAUCUCAAAGCUGCCAGUGUUAUCUGUAAAGGACUACAGUGUGGAACAGCUGUAUCUAUCCCAGGAGGAGCUCACUUCGGAAAAGGACAAGGACCAAUCUGGACUGAGGAAUUCCAGUGUGUAGGGAAUGAGUCACACCACGUGUACUGUCCCAGGAUAUCAUACGGGAAUCAGACGUGCUCACAUGCAAAUGAUGCCAGUGCCAUAUGCUCACGGCACACAGGUUUCCGGCUGGUGAACGGCAGCACAGUGUGCUCAGGAAGGGUGGAGAUCCAGGUUCAUGGUGCCUGGGGAACCCUCUGUGACUCACGCUGGGAUUUACCAGAUGCCAACGCUCUCUGUCAUCAGCUCAACUGUGGAUUGGCUGUAUCAGCUCCAGGAGAAGCAUAUUUUGGAAAGGGAAUUGGCUCUGUCUGGACAGACACAUUUCACUGUAAUGGGCAUGAGCCUCAUUUAUGGCAUUGCCCUGUUACUGCCCUGGGGGCCUCUAAGUGCUCACACGACAAUGAUGCCAGUGUGAUUUGCUCAGGUCGUUCAGAAUCGCUCAGACUGAUGAAUGGAGAGAGCCGAUGUGAUGGGAGAGUUGAGAUUUCCCUCCAUGGUGUGUGGAGCAGAGUGCUGGAUGAUCAGUGGGACAUGAAUGAUGCCAGCGUGGUGUGCAGGCAGCUCGAGUGCGGAGUCGCUGAGAAAGCUUAUAACCUCCCUAAGACUGAGCAAGGAACAGGCCCCGUGGGGCUGAGAAGGGUCCAGUGUGCAGGAAACGAGAGUAAUCUGACACUCUGCAUCAUCUCCACGUCUGAGACAGAGCAGCCAGGAAUUGCUGAGGAUGUCAGCGUCGUUUGCUCAGGGAGCAGGCGGAUCAGACUGGUGAAUGGGGCAGGUCGCUGUGCCGGGAGAGUGGAGAUUUAUUACAAUGGCAGCUGGGGGACAGUCUGUGAUGAUUCCUGGGAUCUGUCAGACUCCAAUGUCAUUUGCAAGCAACUGGGAUGUGGACAUGCCAUCAAUGCAACUGUCUCUGCUCAUUAUGGGCAAGGAUCUGGGCAGAUCUGGCUGGAUGAUGUGAACUGCUCUGGGAAUGAAUCCAAUCUCUGGGACUGUCCUUCCAGAGGCUGGGGCCAGCACAACUGCAGACACAAAGAGGAUGCAGGAGUUCUCUGCUCAGAAUUCACGGAUCUGAGACUGGUGAGUGGCAGUGACUGUGCUGGGCGACUGGAGGUUUUCUACAAUGGGAUUUGGGGCAGUGUUUGCAACAGUCCUAUGGAUGCUGUCACCAUGGCACUUAUAUGCAAACACUUGGACUGUGGAGACAGAGGGACACUUUUGACAGAGUUAAAAGAUGGAAGCGGCUCUGGCCCUACCUGGGUGGAUGGUGUUCGGUGUGAUAAGCAGCACAUCUCCCUUUGGCAAUGCCCAUCAGACCCUUGGAAACAACAAUCGUGUAGCAGAGGAGAAGAAACCCAUAUUGCUUGUGAAGAGGUGAAGGAACUUGCCCAAGUCACACAGCAGAUCUUAACAUGUGAGGUUUCUGCAUUUCCAGACCAGGAGAAGUUACGUGUCGUGGGAGGAGAGGACAGAUGCUUGGGCAGAGUGGAGGUUUGGUACCGUGGCUCCUGGGGAACAGUUUGUGGUGACUCCUGGGACAUGGCAGAUGCUAACGUUGUGUGUAAACAACUGGGCUGUGGAACUGCUGUAUCUGCCCUGGGCGAGGCUGCAUUCGGUGAGGGGACUGGUCCCAUCUGGGUAGAGAAGGUGAACUGCAGAGGGACAGAGUCAUCUCUCUGGGACUGUUGUUCCAAGUCCUGGGGUGAGAGUAACUGUGACCAUAAGGAAGAUGCUGCUGUGAAUUGUUCAGGUGAUGCCCCAAGGCUGAGGCUGGCGGAUGGAGGCAGCCCCUGUGCCGGGAGAGUGGAGGUUAAACACCAGGAUCAGUGGGGGACGGUGUGUGAUGAUGAAUGGGACACGGAAGAUGCUGGAGUUGUUUGUAAGCAAUUGGGAUGUGGAUCUGCUGUCAGUGCCCCUGGCCUGGCUCAUUUUGGAGAAGGAUCUGGACCAAUUUUGCUGGAUGAAGUUGCCUGUGAUGGUACCGAGUCUGCUCUCUGGCACUGCGGGAACGAGGGAUGGGGUGAGAGUGACUGCGAUCACACAGAGGAUGCUGGAGUGACCUGUUCAGGCCACGUUGAGCUCCAGCUGGCUGGAGGGGACAGUGCCUGCUCAGGACGUGUGGAAGUAAGACAUGGAGACACCUGGGCUACAAUCUGUGAUGCACACUUUGAUCUCAAGGCUGCCAGUGUUAUCUGUAAUGGACUACAGUGUGGAAUAGCUCUAUCUAUCCCAGGAGGAGCUCACUUCGGAAAAGGACAUGGACCAAUCUGGACUGAGGAAUUCCAGUGUGUAGGGAAUGAGUCACACCACGUGUACUGUCCCAGGGUAUCACACGGGAGUCCGACAUGCUCACAUGCAAAUGUCAUAUGCUCUCGGCACACAGGUUUCCGGCUGGUGAACGGCAGCACAGCGUGCUCAGGGAGGGUGGAGAUCCAGGUUCUUGGUGCCUGGGGAACCCUCUGUGACUCACGCUGGGAUUUACCAGACGCCAACGUUCUCUGUCAUCAGCUCGACUGUGGGUUCGCUGUAUCGGCUCCAGGAGGAGGAUAUUUUGGGAAGGGAACUGGCUCUGUCUGGACAGACACAUAUCACUGUAAAGGGACUGAAACCCAUUUGAGCCAGUGCCCUGUUAUUGCCCUGGGAGCUUCUCAGUGCUCUCACAACAAUGAUGCCAGUGUGGUUUGCUCAGGUCGCUCUGAAUCACUCAGACUGCUGAAUGGAGAGAGCUGGUGCGAUGGGAGAGUUGAGAUUUCCCUCCAUGGUGCGUGGGGCAGAGUGCUGGAUGAUCAGUGGGAUAUGAACGAUGCCAGUGUGGUGUGCAGGGAGAUCCAGUGUGGAGUCGCUGAGAGAGCUUAUAACCCCCUUAAGUCUGAGCAAGGAACGGGCCUCGUGGGACUGAGAAGGGUCCAGUGUGCAGGAAAUGAGACUCGUCUGACUCUCUGUGACAACUCCACGUCUGAGACAGCCCAGGUGGGAAUUGCUGAGGACGUCGGUGUCGUUUGUUCAGGGAGCAGGCGGAUCAGACUUGUGAAUGGGGCAGGUCGCUGUGCCGGGAGAGUGGAGAUUUAUUACCAUGGCAGCUGGGGGACAGUCUGUGAUGAUUCCUGGGAUCUAUCAGACUCCAAUGUCGUUUGCAAACAACUGGGAUGUGGACACGCCAUCAAUGCAACUGUCUCUGCUCAUUAUGGACAAGGAUCUGGGCAGAUCUGGCUGGAUGAUGUGAACUGCUCUGGGAAUGAAUCCGAUCUCUGGGCCUGUCCUUCCAAGGGCUGGGGCCAGCACAACUGCAGACACAAAGAGGACGCAGGAGUUCUCUGCUCAGGUCUGUUCUAUCUGAGGCUGGUGAGCGACAGUGACUGUGCUGGGCGGCUGGAGGUUUUCUACAAUGGGACGUGGGGCAGUGUUUGCUCCAAUCAGAUGUCUGGAGACACCCCAACAAUUGUCUGCAAACAGCUGAACUGUGGGGAUAGAGGACAGAUUGAAAGAGACUUUGAAUAUGGAGCAGGUUCUGGUCCCACAUGGCUGGACCAUGUUGCAUGCAGUGAUCAGCACAGCUCCCUCUGGCGGUGCCCGUCAGAGCCCUGGAAUCCAAAGUCAUGUGAUAACCGAGCAGAAGAGACCCAUAUUUCUUGUGCUGGAAAAAAAGCAAAACCAACUCAGACCCCUUUUACCGAGUGCCCGAACUCUCCAAGCUGCACAGACCAGGAGAAGUUACGAAUCGUGGGAGGAGAGGACGGAUGCUCGGGGAGAGUGGAGGUUUGGUACCGUGGCUCCUGGGGAACAGUUUGUGAUGACUCCUGGGACAUGGCGGAUGCUAACGUUGUGUGUAAACUACUGGGCUGUGGAUCUGCUGUAUCUGCCCCAGACAAGGCUGCAUUCGGUGAGGGGACUGGUCCCAUCUGGGUGGAGAAAUUGAAUUGCCGAGGGACAGAGUCAUCUCUCUGGGACUGUCCUGCCAAGCCCUGGGGUGAGAGCAACUGUGGUCAUAAGAAAGAUGCUGCUGUGAAUUGCUCAGGUCUGACAGAGAGGACAGAUUCUCCAAAUACCCCACCGCGCCACCCUCAGACUGACAGUGGGAGAGUCACGGUGCCUGUGGUCAUCUGCAUUAUCCUGGGAGCCCUGCUCUGUCUCGUCUUAAUCAUCCUGGGGGCGCAGGUGCGAAGUGCCAAGGCACAGCGCAGAGGCUCCAGAAGACCCUUGGAUCUCUUCUCUGAGGCUGUGUACGAGGAGAUUGAUUAUAACCUGAUGAGAGAGAAGCAGGAGAUGUUCAGUCGCUCAGUCUCCUAUUCAGAUGACUCAGUGGCAAAGCUGCAGUAUUACACCGGGGACAGUGAGGGGGAAAAUGAUCCUGGAUCAGAACAAGAGGGAGCUUCCCCAGGGGGGUCUCAGUUGGAUUAUGAUAACGUGGAGGAGCCUUCCUUGAACGACAUCCCCAAGACUCCAGACAGCCGAGAUGCCCCUGCCGUGCCUGGAGAUGUCCCAGGGGAUGGUUAUGAUGAUGCCAGAGAAGUGUCUGACACUGAAGGUGACCCUCAUUUGGGGCAGAAUAAUGAGAAAGGCACUGGAGCGAAUGACAGGGAUUCACAGACAGGUUGGAGUCGGCACUCGCUAAGGAGUGAAGUUGUCUCUGAGAUGGAGAAGGAAACCCCGUCCCUGCCUCCUGGAGACACAGGUUAUGAUGAUGUGGGACAUGGUGACUCUGGGGGUUCAAUAUCAUAACAAUUUGACUGGACAAAAUAACCCCGUGAGGAUUUAAACGCUUCAACUCUUUCUCUCAGAAAUGAUGCCCAGAGAAAGUUUCUGCCUGGUAGAUAGACAAAGCAGGUAUUUUUGUAGGAUUUGUGUGAAGUUGCAGGAAAUACAAAAGUGAGUGGGAAAAGGUUCAUAAGCUUUCUUUGUAUAAUUUCCCAUUGUUUGGAGGGGGUGGAAGUUUCCUGCUUUUUUAUGUCUAUAAUUUCUUCUGCUU